UGUCCAGAUACCAUGUGAUAUGUGACAAUGACUAUGCAAGCGUUGGGGUAGUUGAUUGGAGACGGCACGCAACGAUUGUAUGUUUAAGAAGACUGAUGAAAUAAAUGUGUUAGAAAAGUGACGGCACCGGUGUUUGAUUUAAUAUUUAAUAUAAGUAAGCGGCCACCUGAAAGGUUACAGUUAUCCGAAGUGGAAUAUCGAGAUGGAUUUGAAGACUUUAUGUACUUAGAGUGUAGUGAAGGUUAUUGAAAUAGGUGAUGUUAAUAAUUUUUGUAUUCAGGCGGAUUACUAAUUACGGGGUUAGACGGCAUUGGCCCAAGUGCAAGUGUUCUAUGAAAGUUUCGUGAUUUUCUUCGUUGUGCAAAAGUGAGGUUAGCACGUGGUUGACUAAAGUAAAAAUCAAUGGGAUAUUACGAGCAAGGAGCGCUAGUAACGUUGACCUUGAUUCUUAAAGUGCCUGUAUAUGGAGCCCUGGCACAUCAGCCCCGCCUUUAGAGAGUGAGCUUUAUAGACAUCGUGCAGAAUCAUCCAGAUGGGAGUAUACAAAUUGGGAUGUGUUUUUUAAAUGAGUGACUUUUAAAAUUUCGACGUCAAGAUUUCAAAAUAUAAAUACUUCGUAAUAUUAAAAUGGCCAACCUAGAAAAAACGAACUUCGUGAAAUCAAUAUUUACUCUUAUAGUUUCAAUAGUUUUUAUCGUACGAUCUGUGAAUAGUGUAGAUUUUAAUAAAUUUAGUGAUGGUGUUCAAAUGGGUGAAAGUGACCGAUCGAUAGAUUUGUUAGAACUUGAAAAUAUGUUAAACAAUUUGAACCGUGUUCAACGUAGCAGUGAUGAUAUGGAAUCAGGAAGAAGUAUGAACUUUUCCAACAUUGAGCAAGAUGUGCUUCUGUAUGUGAAAGAUUUUGUGGAUUUAGAAAAGGGCCAUACGGACCCUGGUCAUACGAUCCUUCGUGAGAGCGAAACGGCGAGAGGCGUCGAGAAUUCAUCUCGAGGCGAGGCGCGCGCUUCCGACGACGCUUUCUUCAAGCAAGUCACCGACUACGUGCAGAAGCAUGUACUGAAUACCAAGAUUUCGGAAACUGGGAGACUCUUCUUUAAAGUGUUUGGAUUAAAGAAACUAAUGUUUCCGCUUUUCAUUGGUGCUCAAAUAUUGAAAAGUGUUGUGCUAGCAAUGUUCCUGCCCAGCAUAUUAGGAUCGAUCGGCAAAAUUGUCGGAAAAGGUGUGUCAUCACUAUCGAGCUUAUCUCAGUCUACGGCAAAUGAGAACCAAAUUGUGGAAGACCUAGAUUUCAAAGUAAACGCACCGACGGCGCAGGAUUCCGACACUAUAUCAUUGAUGCAGCUGCAGCAAGGAUACGGCUCUCCAGCCUCCGAAUAUGGGUACCCCCAGGCAAUGGGCGAUUUGCAGAGCCAAAAUCUAUAUCCUGCACAAACAUACGUCAAUGCGAAUGGAGACAAAAACCAACAAGCAAUUAGCAGAUUUGGAGCUGGAUACCAGGGAUCUGAAGACAUGUACAUGAAUCGGAAACCACAAUCUCAAGAUAAUUAUAAGCUGUUCCAUGACAUUCCGGCCUCAUCGCAACUGCUGGCCAGUUACGAUCCGUUCUACAGUCCGCUUUUGUCCAGGCUCGAUGCGGUCUUCCAGCAACUGGGACUGGACAACACCGAGGCGUGCAGGGAGCGCACGAUUUGCCUGAUGUACGCAAAUCCAGCAAAGUACGCCCCGUAUUCGAACUUGGUUUCUGCACAACUAAGCAGGGAACUAAACGAGCUAAGGAAACCGACGACAAACAAUACUGAGAUUCUUCGCUUUUUCAAAUACAUGAAGGCCGCCAAGGAUGGCCAGGAUGGCGAGGAUUGUGUUCAAGCUCAUCCCGACUGCACAAUGCUCCCAGAAGACGGAAGCAGUCCUGCCAUGAUAACAACAUUUAAUGACAUUAACAAACUGCCGUUUUUUAUAAGUAUACAAGGCAUUUGAGAUAUUGCCAUAAAAACGGUGCGCAUUUGUGAAAUCAUCACACAAGAUCUAAAUCACAGGAUAAAGAAUAUUUGUUUGUGGACCGUCAUUUAAAAUGCAAACUGUUUUGCAAGAAAAUGACUGAAUAUAUAAAUUUUUGGCAGAACUAAUGAAUACACACAUUGGAUAAACAUGAUCUUCAAAACCAACGAAUAUUAAAUAUAAAUUGAAAGACACGAAGAUUCAUCAACACUUCAUGUUCACUCCGUUCUUCGGCAUAUGGCAC